AUGGAGAUGCGGCAGCAGCAGCAAAUCACCAAAACCAAUGAUUUCCGCUUGGACGAUCACGAUGAUUAUCUAUCAGGAUUCGGCAACACCUUCGAAUCCGAAUCCAUCCCUGGAUCAUUUCCACGGGGACAGAACAGCCCUCUCUUAUGCCCCUACGGUCUCUACGCCGAACAGAUCUCCGGCACCUCCUUCACUUCCCCUCGCAAACUCAACCAACGCAGUUGGUUCUAUAGAAUAAAGCCGUCGGUUACACACGAACCGUUUCAGGCACGAUUUCCAAGUCACGAGAAACUGGUGAGCGAAUUUGAUAAAUCAAACAGUUACACAACGCCCACGCAACUGCGGUGGAAGCCAGUAGAUAUUGUUGAAGAAUCAGCAGCACCAACUGAUUUUGUUGACGGUUUGUAUACAGUUUGUGGCGCUGGCAGCUCCUUCCUCCGCCAUGGAUUUGCUAUUCACAUGUAUACUGCCAAUAAAUCCAUGGAUAAUUGUGCCUUUUGCAAUGCCGAUGGCGAUUUCUUGAUUGUUCCAGAAAAAGGAAGAUUGUGGAUCACUACUGAAUGUGGGAAAUUGCAAGUUUCUCCUGGUGAAAUUGUUGUCAUACCUCAAGGAUUCCGGUUUGCUGUAGAUUUGCCAGAUGGCCCAUCACGGGGUUAUGUUUCUGAGAUUUUCGGUACCCAUUUUCAACUUCCUGACCUUGGCCCAAUAGGUGCUAAUGGUCUUGCUAAUCCAAGGGAUUUCCUUGUUCCCAAGGCCUGGUUUGAAGAUGGUUCCAGACCAGGAUAUGCUAUUGUACAAAAGUUUGGUGGAGAACUUUUUGUUGCAAAACAAGAUUUUUCUCCCUUCAAUGUGGUUGCUUGGCAUGGUAAUUAUGUUCCAUAUAAGUAUGAUCUCAAUAAGUUUUGCCCUUAUAAUACUGUCUUGUUUGAUCACAGUGAUCCAUCAAUCAAUACAGUUUUGACUGCUCCCACUGAUAAACCUGGAGUGGCGUUGCUUGAUUUUGUUAUUUUUCCUCCCCGAUGGUUGGUUGCUGAGCAUACGUUCCGACCUCCAUACUACCAUCGCAAUUGUAUGAGUGAAUUUAUGGGCCUGAUUUAUGGUGGAUAUGAGGCAAAAGCGGAUGGUUUUCUCCCAGGUGGUGCAAGUCUUCAUAGCUGCAUGACUCCACAUGGUCCUGAUACGAAGACAUACGAGGCUACCAUUGAGCGUGGGCAUGAUGCAGGACCAUUCAAAAUUUCCAACACAAUGGCUUUCAUGUUUGAAUCAUGUUUAAUUCCCAGAAUCUGCCAUUGGGCUCUUAAGUCACCUUUUAUGGACAACAAUUACUACCAAUGUUGGACUGGACUCAAAUCCCAUUUUUCAUCUGAAGGAGCAGAGAGCCAAGACAAUGGUGUAUAG